GAACCGCAUCUCACCCGGUAUUUCACGAGGAAUGCGAAAAGGUUCCGGAAGAAAGUUACGCUGCUGACUACUUUCCUAUGAAAUGCAGUCAGGUGAACGAAAGACAAGUCAGAGAUGAUCAUAGUCAAUAUCAUUUAAAUAGAGACUUUUUCUUCGACAGAUGGACGAUAAUCCUAAUAUCUUCCUUCCUUCCUCCAUCUUUAUUCACAUCCGCCUGUCAAAAAACACCUUCCCCCGCCCCCCUUACCCCAUCCAACGCACAAGCAAUCAAAAUGUCCAAACCAACACUCGUAUUUGUUCCUGGGGCAUGGCACCGUGCCGAAAUCUGGGAGAAAGUGACUUCACUCCUAGAACAACAGCAACAACCAUACAAAUGUAUCCCCAUAGAACUCCCCUCGACAGGCGGAGACGCCACGAUAGGUAUCAACGACGACAUCACAGCGGUACGAAACGUGAUAUUGUCCGAGACCAAACACGGACGCGAUGUGAUACUAGUUGUGCAUUCGUACGGCGGGGCCGUCGGUCAAAGUGCAGUCAAAGGUCUCACGCGUCGCUACCCAGAUGAUCUCUCAUCCGCCGAUGAGAAGCCAACUGACCAUGUGAUAGGACUCAUUAUGACCGCAUGCGGAUUCGCACAAAUGGGAUCAAGUUUUCUCGAUGCGAUUGGUGGGAGUCCUCCACCACUAUGGAGAUUCGACGAUAGCGGAUUUGCGGUAUUACAACUUCCGGCGCGAGAAUCGUUUUAUCAUGAUCUGACGGAAGGAGAAGGUGAGUAUUGGGUGAGCAGGUUGAGGAAACAGUCACAGAGGGUUUUGAAGGAGGGCGGGGAGUGGGUGUAUGAUGGGUGGAUGGAUGUGCCGGUUUGGUAUUUGAUGACGAUGGAUGAUAGGACGUUUCCGGUUGAGGCGCAAGAGAUUUUUGCGAAGAUGGCGAGGGGUGCCGGGGCUAAUGUCACGGUUAGAGAGGUUGUGAGUAGUCAUUCGCCGAUGCUGAGUCGACCGAAAGAGACGAUGGAAUUUAUUGUAGAAGCGGCGGUUUCACUGGCUCAAUGAUUUGAUGGAUCUUCGGUCGGCAGGCUGUUACUGCGUUUUCGAAACGAUGGGAAAAGAAUUGUCAUAUUGUAGUGGUAAAAAUCUCAGCUUGAUUCACCAAAAAUACUUCAAUACUUGAAUCGUUUCUCA